AUGGCCACCCAAGUCACCCCUUCGAAGCAGACUGCUUCCUCCCUCGAGAACCUGAAGAUGAGUGAUUCGCCCGUCAAGAAGCUCGACUUCCAGUCUUUUGGCAAGGAGAACGCGCCCGCGUCUCUCAAGCCCGUCGACGUGAUGACCGACAAGCCCGUCGAGAAGGCCCUCGAGGUCUCAAAGGUGGCUGCUGGCAUCAAUUCUGCUGAGGCUAGCGAGCCCCUCCUCCAGGAGAACCCCCACCGCUUCGUGCUCUUCCCCAUCAAGUACCACGAGAUUUGGCAAAUGUACAAGAAGGCCGAGGCCUCAUUCUGGACCGCCGAAGAGAUUGAUCUGUCCAAGGAUUUGCACGACUGGCACAACCGCCUGAACGAUGACGAGCGCUACUUCGUCUCGCACGUUCUGGCCUUCUUUGCCGCCUCGGACGGCAUUGUCAACGAGAACCUGGUUGAGCGUUUCAGCGGCGAGGUUCAGGUCCCCGAGGCCCGCUGCUUUUACGGUUUCCAGAUCAUGAUGGAGAACAUCCACUCUGAGACCUACUCUCUACUCAUUGACACCUACAUCAAGGAGCCUAAGCAGCGUACCUACCUCUUUGAUGCCAUUGAUACCAUUCCCUGCAUUGCCAAGAAGGCCGACUGGGCCAUGAAGUGGAUUCAGGACCGUGAGUCCACCUUCGCCCAGCGUCUGGUUGCCUUCGCUGCCGUUGAGGGUAUCUUCUUCUCCGGCUCCUUCGCCUCCAUCUUCUGGCUCAAGAAGCGUGGCCUCAUGCCUGGCCUGACCUUCUCCAACGAGCUGAUCUCUCGUGACGAGGGCUUGCACACCGACUUUGCCUGCUUGCUGUUCUCGCACCUGAACAACCGCCCCAGCAAGAAGAUGGUCGAGGACAUCAUCAUUGAGGCCGUCGGCAUCGAGCAGGAGUUCCUCACGGAUGCGCUGCCCUGUGGCCUGCUCGGCAUGAACUCCAAGCUGAUGUGCCAGUACAUCGAGUUCGUGGCUGACCGUCUCCUGGUCGCUCUCGGCAACAAGAAGUACUACAACUCGACCAACCCCUUCGACUUCAUGGAGUCCAUCUCCCUCGCUGGCAAGACCAACUUCUUCGAGAAGCGUGUCGGCGAUUACCAGAAGGCCGGUGUCAUGGCUUCCACCAAGAAGGACACCACCGCUGCCGAGGGCGAGCAGGCCCCCAAGGACAACGGCCUCAGCUUCGACGAGGACUUCUAA